UAAAAAGAAGUAAAAUUUGGUUGAAACCUCAAGGGCUCCUCGUGCCAGAUCCCUGUCCGAUGGCUUGUAUGAAAAACUAUCUCCUACCCAUUCUGGGGAUCUGCUUGGCCUACUACUACUAUUCCGCGGAUGAGGAAUUCAAACCAGAGAUGCUCCAAGGAAAGAAAGUGAUUGUCACAGGGGCCAGCAAGGGGAUUGGAAAAGAGAUGGCCUAUCAUCUGGCGAAGAUGGGAGCCCACGUGAUGGUGACAGCGAGGUCAGAAGAAGCUCUAAAGAAGAUAGUAUCCGACUGCUUGAAGUAUGGAGCAGCCUCAGCACACUACAUUGCUGGCACCAUGGAGGACAUGACCUUCGCAGAGCAAUUUAUUGCCAAAGCUGGAAAGAUCUUGGGAGGACUAGACAUGCUCAUUCUCAAUCACAUCACCAGCGCUACUAUGGAACCAUUUGCUGGUGAUAUCGCCUUAGUGCGCAGAAGCAUGGAGGUCAACUACAUCAGUUAUGUGGUCAUGAGUAUGACUGCCCUACCCAUGCUGAAGCGGAGCAAUGGAAGCAUUGUCAUUGUCUCCUCCAUGGCCGGGAAAAUGGCUAGUCCACUUGUUGCUCCCUAUUCUGCAAGCAAGUUUGCUCUCGAUGGGUUUUUCUCCUCCCUCAGGACGGAAUAUUCAGUGGCCAAGGUCAAUGUGUCAAUCACUCUCUGUAUCCUCGGCCUCAUAGACACAGACUCAGCCAUGAAGGCAGUGUCUGGGGUACUCAACGCCGAGGCAGCUCCAAAGGAAGACUGUGCCCUGGAGAUCAUCAAAGCGGGGGCUCUACGCCAAGAGGAAGUGUAUUAUGGCAAAUUAGGAUGGUCCAGUCUCCUGCUGGAAAAUCCAGGGAGGAGGAUCCUGGAAUUCCUCAGCCUACGAAAUUAUAAUAUGGAAAAAUUUAUAAACAACUAGAAAUGUCCUUAGGAUAAGGGAGCUUGGGACUGUUCUGCCAGAUGUUUAUCUAAGCUCCAUCCAUGAAGGCAUUUACCCAGAGAAAUAGAUGAGUCAGUCUCCCCAGAGAGUUGCAAGCCAUGCCUCAUGUCUCCCAGUUUAAAGGAGUUCAUCUAACACUUGCACAGUGAACAUGUGAUUAUACCAAAUGUCAUGAAGCUGCAUUAUCCAUGAGGUUUUUGGUUUUUGUUUG